AUGUACACAGGUCUAGCCUUGACCCUGUCGCGGGUGCGCCUGGAUGCUGGGAUGUGUGCGACAUGUGGGCAGCUGCACGAGGCUCAUGGCACACACCUGUAUGACUAUCAUCAGCAGGUUGACGAGGACCUCAUGUGCCACAUCUGUCUCCAGCCCUUGGUGAGUCCGUUAGAUACAGUUUGUGGCCACACGUUUUGCAGCCGCUGCAUCCACAACUAUCUUGCCUUGCAGCACCAGUGUCCAGUGGACCGGAAGCCACUGGCCAUCACUGACUGCCAGCCGUCCAGUAUACUUGUUCGCAGGUUGCUGGACAAGCUGCUGGUUGUGUGUCCCAAUGUUGACUAUUGUGAGGAAGUCCUGACCAGAUGUGAGCUAGAGGCACAUUUACUGCACAGAUGUCGUGGGGCCGUAACCCGAUGCAUCAAAUCCAGUCUAGGAUGUUCCUUCCAGGGUCCUCGGAGUGCCUUGCAGUCCCAUCUGUGGGAGUGUCCGUACAGAGACCAGAAUGCUGGGAAAAAUCCUGUGAUGGAAGGAGAGGUGUCCACAAUUGAGAUUCAGAGACGAGAGGGAGAAAGUUUGGGGAUUAGUGUUGUGGGAGGCUGUGAUACCCCCUUGGUGUGCACUGUCAUACAGGAAGUGUUUCCAGAGGGAGCAGUGUCCCAUGAUAAUCGCCUGAUUGCAGGAGACCAGAUUCUUGAGGUAAAUGGUGAAGAUUUGACCCAGGCUACUCACCAACAGGCAGUGGCCAUACUUGCUCAGUUUUUUCCUGUGUGUCGUCUCACUGUGUACAGAGAAAGGGCAGAAGAAACCAGACCAAUAGAGAAAGAAGAAAUCCUGAAAAUUACAUUGUGCAAGCAUAAAGGAAAACAACUCGGUAUCAAACUUGUGGGCAAAAGGAGUGGUCCAGGUGUGUACAUACUGACCCUGAUUCCAGGAUCAUUAGCUGCCUGUGAUGGACGGCUGAAAAUGGACGACCGAGUGUUAGAGAUUAACGGCCAGGAUGUUUUGUACGGGACACAGGAGCAAGCAGCAGCCAUCAUCACAUCCAGUCCAGCCCGGGUGCAGUUUGUCAUCGCUCGGAGGUCAAGGCCGCAGACACCUGACAUUAUCCGGUCGGCUGCGGAACACAGCAAAUACGCCAUGUUUUCAGAUGACCAUGAGAAGCCUGUCUCGCCUCUGUGUCAUGUGUGCAAGGAGAAAAUUGUAACCAUUAAUAAAAGUCCGUCAGAAACUUUGGGUGUGAGCAUCGCAGGUGGCGUGGGCAGUCACCGUGGAGACACGCCUGUGUACAUAACAAACAUAAAUCCUGCAGGCUGUGUGGGCCGCACAAAUGUGCUCAAGAGAGGAGAUGUUCUUCUGUCCAUUAAUGGCUCAAGUCUGCUGAAUCUGUCUCAUGCUGAGAGCGUUCGGCUGAUCCGGCAGAGGUCAGAUGUCAAGGUCUUGACACUCAGGGUCAUAGACUCAAGGGAAAUCACUCAGGGAAAUCACAAUUUCACACCAUCUUGGAUCUAUUGGCUUCAGAUGCCCCAAACCUGCAGCCUGGUCAAGGUCAUCACUUUACUCAGGUCACCAACAGGAAGUCUAGGAUUCUCCAUUGUGGGCGGGGCAGACUGCAGCCAUGGAAAUUUGCCUGUUUUUGUUAAAUCUGUUGUACCUGAUACUCCUGCUGCAAAAGAUGGUCGCCUUAAAUGUGGGGACAUUUUGCUGACAGUCAAUGAGCACCACCUAUCUUCAACCAGUCAUGCAGCUGCCGUCGAAAUCCUCAAACAAAUUGACGGAGCAGUGACACUGUCGGUCAUUUCCUGGCCAGGGACCGUUGUUUGA